GCGCUGCCGCACCCCGCCACGGCGAGCGCGCCCUCGGCACUGCCCUGCCGCAGCCUGGCCGCGUCCCGCGUGCAGCUCGCGGCCGGCAGGGAGAGGCAUGGCGGGCCGCCGGGCGCCGGGGGAGAAGCGCUGGCAGCUGGUGCGCUGGUACGUGCAGGAAGGGCGUUUCCGGAUUGAGGAGAGGACGCUGACAGCCUUCCAAUGGCUCUACAGCCCGCAGCAGCACCGCAUCCUCAGCCGAGCCGAUCUUGAGUCACCCUCCAGGAUUGACAAGACCAUGCUGGCGAGUCUGAAAGUCAAGAAGCAGGAGCUGGCCAACAGCUCAGACGUGACCCUCCCGGACCGGCCGCUGUCCCCUCCUCUCACUGCGCCUCCCACCAUGAAGUCGGCUGAAUUCUUUGAGAUGCUGGAGAAAAUGCAGGGGAUCAAGCUCGAAGAGCAGAAGCCAGGACCCCAGAAGAAUAAGGAUGACUAUAUCCCGUAUCCCAGCAUCGAUGAGGUGGUGGAGAAAGGCGGCCCAUAUCCCCUGAUUGUCCUACCCCAGUUUGGCGGCUAUUGGAUCGAGGACCCGGAGACUGUGGGCACGCCGACCUCGCUGGGCAGCAGCAUCUGUGAGGAAGAGGAGGAGGACGGCCUCAGCCCCAGCACCUUCGGCUACAAGCUUGAGUGCAAGGGCGAGGCCAGGGCCUACCGCAGGCACUUUCUUGGGAAGGACCAUCUGAACUUUUACUGCACCGGCAGCAGUCUGGGGAACCUGCUUCUGUCCAUUAAGUGCGAGGAAGUUGAGGGCAUUGAGUACCUGCGCAUCAUUCUCAGAUCCAAAGUGAAGACAGUGCAUGAGCGGAUCCCUUUGGCUGGACUGAGCAAGUUGCCCAGUGUCCCACAGAUUGCCAAGGCUUUCUGUGAUGAUGCAGUAGGACUGAAAUUCAACCCUGUCCUGUAUCCCAAGGCCUCCCAGAUGAUUGUGUCCUAUGAUGAGCAUGAUGUCAACAACACCUUCAAAUUUGGGGUCAUUUAUCAAAAAGCCAGGCAGACUCUGGAGGAGGAGCUAUUUGGAAAUAAUGAGGAGAGCCCAGCUUUCAAGGAGUUUUUGGAUCUUCUGGGGGAUACAAUCACGCUGCAGGACUUCAAAGGUUUCCGAGGAGGCCUGGAUGUGACACACGGGCAGACAGGGUUGGAGUCGGUGUACACCGUAUUCCGGGACCGGGAGAUCAUGUUUCACGUCUCCACAAAGCUGCCAUUUACUGAGGGUGACGCCCAGCAGCUCCAGAGAAAGAGACAUAUUGGGAAUGACAUCGUGGCCAUCAUCUUCCAAGAAGAAAACACACCGUUUGUCCCGGAUAUGAUUGCCUCCAACUUCUUACAUGCCUACAUUGUCGUGCAGGCCGAGAGCCCAGGUCCAGAAGCGCCAUCCUACAAGGUCUCGGUCACGGCAAGGGAAGAUGUACCUGCCUUCGGCCCCCCACUGCCCAGCCCACCUGUUUUCCAGAAGGGCCCCGAGUUCAGGGAGUUCCUGCUCACCAAGCUCACCAAUGCCGAGAACGCCUGCUGCAAGUCAGACAAGUUCGCAAAGCUGGAGGACCGGACGAGGGCCGCCCUCCUGGACAACCUUCACGAUGAGCUCCAUGCCCACACGCAGGCCAUGCUGGGACUGGGUCCCGAGGAAGACAAGUUUGAGAAUGGAGGCCACGGGGGCUUCCUGGAAUCCUUUAAGAGGGCCAUCCGCGUGCGCAGCCACUCCAUGGAGACCAUGGUGAGCAGCCAGAAGAAGCAGCAUGGUGCGGGCAUCCCGGGCAGCCUCAGUGGGGGCAUCUCCCACAACAACACGGAGGUGACCAAGACUACCUUUUCGCCUCCUGUGGCUGUGGCCACGGCGAAGAAUCAGUCGCGGAGCCCCAUCAAGAGGCGCUCGGGCCUCUUCCCCCGUCUGCACACGGGCUCUGAAGGCCAAGGAGACAGCCGGACGCGAUGUGACAGUGCGUCCAGCAACCCCAAGACCCCAGAUGGUGGACACUCUUCUCAGGAGAUCAAGUCUGAGACCUCAUCCAAUCCCAGCUCUCCGGAAAUCUGCCCCAACAAGGAGAAGCCCUUCAUCAAGUUGAAGGAGAACGGCCGAGCCAACAUCUCCCGCUCCUCCUCCAGCACCAGCAGCUUCAGCAGCACCGCAGGGGAGGGCGAGGCCAUGGAGGAGUGUGACAGCGGGAGCAGCCAGCCGUCCACCACCUCGCCCUUCAAGCAGGAGGUGUUUGUCUACAGCCCGUCCCCGAGCAGCGAGAACCCCAGCCUAGGGGCAGCCGCCACCCCGAUUAUCAUGAGUCGGAGUCCCACAGAUGCCAAAAACAGAAACUCCCCGAGAUCCAACCUAAAAUUCCGCUUUGAUAAGCUCAGUCAUGCCAACUCCAGUGCGGGUCACUAAUGUGAAAGAGGAGCCCUUCAUCUGUCAAAGGAAAUCUCUGGUUCGACCUCAGAGAAGGCUCCUAUUCCAGCAGUUUGGGGGUGCCAUCCACUACUCUUAAUUGUCACAAUCUUGGUGUCCUCUCCUGCCCGUCCCUUCACCAAGACACCCUGCAAGCACCUCCCCAUCUCUGGACAAGGCCUCAUCGCACCGGGCUCCCCUGCCCCAGCCCAUCCGAAGUGAUGUGUGUCUUGCUCAUUUGUCAUCUUGCUUUAUCUACAAAGGAAAAUGUUGGCCAUGAGGGGAUCUACCUGGGAAUAGGUCAGAAAUCAGUGAGACUUAGUGGUGAGGUUGGGGUGGACAGAAGCCAGAGCAGGACACAGUGCCCUGGGGAAAGGGGCCGAGUCACAGGCCCACCUGCCCGGGUAGGCAGAGCAGAUGUGUUUACUGGUUUAAAGGCGGGAGGAGCCUUUUUUCCCAGGUGCCAGGUGUGUGGCAGUCCUUGAGGAUGUCUUGAUAGAGACCAACUCUGCUGUAUCCCCAUAUCUGAUUCCCACACAGGGCUGCUUUUGUGUUAGGGGCUUCUUCCUUACAAGCUGCCAUCAGACUGAGGUCACACCCAUCCCUGCUGCCUGGCACCUGCUGAGUGGCAGGGGGCAGGGCAUGUGCUGGUGAGGGCUGUCCUCCUGGGCAGCAAUGGGACGUUCUGUUGUGCUGAUGUCACCCAGAUAGCAGUUGCUGUGGCAAAGCCCGCGUCACAGUGUUCUCCACUUUAAGCAGAUGUUUGUUUUUUUUUCCAUGAAGGGGGUACAGCCAGGAAUAAGACGGAAUUCAGAGAGAUGGAGCCAGGGCUGCUGGGACCGUGGUGAGGAUAAUGUCAGGGUCAUGGACUGGGCUGGGGGCCAGUGUCUGCUGGUGGAAGAGUUUUAUGGCAGAUCUACAGAGAGACUUGAACCUCCACUUAGGAAUCCCACGGCCAGUCACCCAGCUUGGAGUCCUGCAGGCCUGGCUUGCACCCUCCAUUCUCAGCCAGAGGGUUGCGGGCACACCCGCCUCUCUUUGUUGACUCUGCCGCCUCUGCCUGGGUGACGGGCCCAUGCUGCCCGCUGGCCCCGCUGGGGUGCCAAGGCAUUUAUAGAGGAGCAGCAUUCUCCAAGUGAGCAUCUGGGCAGCAGGCCCUGGGCUGUAUGCAUUGGUUGCCUGCAUAUAGGACCUUGUGACUCUACCUCUGGGUGAUAGUGACUGCGCCCCUGCUUUAAUGAGUGGAUAGCAAGGGUUUCCAACUGAAUGCUGUAGUGGCGUGGGGAUCUGGGCCUGUUCCCAAGUGAAAGGCAUUUAGAUGCUAGACUUGUUAUGGAGUGAUGUGACUAUUUCUGCGUUGCUUUUUCAACGAGAGCACAACCUCACUUCUUCAUUCCUCCACUUAUGGUGAUGCUCUUGCGGGCUGGCGGCCUUGUUGUCCCCUGGCACUGUGGGAACUGUGUUUACUUCACAUACUAGUCCAGUAAGAUUUAUUCUAGCUAAAAUGUCAGCAAAAUAGCAGUUUAGAUUUUAUUAAAAAAAAAUCAACGGCGGCAGCAGCAGUGCCCACUGCUGGAUGCAGCCUGUGAGUUCCGGCAGGUUCUGUUGGUCAGGGAGUGCCAGAGGUCUGGCUGUGCUUCUCUAAGGACUCUGCCAGGGCCUGGCCUGUUUCCCCAGAGGGCUGCUGUUCACAGAUUUCCAGUCACUGUGCCAUGUUGGGUCACGGUCUGGGAGACCCUGGGCUUUCCAAGUUGUCCCCGUUCAGUCCUCCUUGGGAACCCAUCUUCCUGCUGCUUGGUCCCUCCCUGCCACCCCCACUUCGGGGGGGGGGGGGGCUUUGCUUUGGCCUCUGAUUCAGAGGUCAGGGGGUCAGGUGUGGGCCCUAGGAAGCACAGACCCAAGUUCCAUUCUGGUUCUUAAUGGGCGGUGCUGGGUAGGACUUGACACAUCCACCAAAAUUAGCGCCAAGGGACACAACCUGGGCCCAGAAUGGGGCUGCUCCCUCCCUAUGCCCCUUGAAUGAUCUCAAUCCAGAUGUCUUUUCCUUUUGUUGCUGCACCCAGUCUUGGGGCUAAAAAGAUUUGCUCAAGUUUCCUUGGUCCUUUUGCUAGGACUCCCCCUGAUGGUGCUCAUGCUGGUGUUGGUGGCGUUCUGUGUAUGAGCUACGUUUCCUGGACCCAGCUGCCUGAUGGACAGGAGAAGCGAUAUUCCUCAGGCUCUAUAGGGCUUACCUCUGCCUCUGCCCAGUCCAAAUUUAGCAAAGGCAGAAAGAGCUGGACAUCCAAGGCUUUAGCUAGACUUUUGGUCUCUCCUAGUGAAUAGAAAGUGGUGUUUCUUGGAAAACAUUCUGUGAUUCAGCCUUGUCUUAGUGUUCUUACCUUUCCGGCUCCUUGUAGUAUCCAGUCCAACCAGGUAGGAUUUGUCAGGUAGGAAACCUUAGUGAGGGGAAAACAAUUUGUUUUGAGGCCACACACCCCACAAAUGGGAUUAAAAUGUGCAAAGCAGGAUCCUUCCUCUGUUUGUUGAAUAGUAGCAGCAUCUCCUGGGACCUUCGGUCUGGAGACGCCUCUUGGCUGGAGCCUCCGUCCCGGCUGGAAGUUGUCAGCUGUCAGAAUUGGCAUCUCAGUUUCCCUCCAGCACACCAGGAGGAAGAAGCUCUUUUAGGUUUUGCAGUAAGACCCUUGAAGUUUGGGAUGCAACUUUAGCUAAGAAAAUGAGGGAGAGAGAUUCUGCGGGAGGGUGGGGGUGGGAGGGGGGAAUGUUCCUCAGGAACGUUAGUUUUCCAACUUUGGGAUGAAGGUGGAGGCCGGGGCAGUGAUGUACAAUAUCAAGCUGUGGUUCCCCACCGGCCCCUCCCCCCACCCAGUGUUUAAGUUGCAAGUGGUAAAGGAAACUCUGGUUUUCCCUAAACAAAGGUGGUUCAUAAAACUCUAAGCUCUGGUGCCAGGGCAGGCUGAGAGCCUGCUUCGUUUUCCAACCUUUAAGUAAAAUGCCACCUCAGACACUACCUUCUUCAUUCAGUUCUGAGUCCAUAGAGAUGGGUCUUGUCGGGAGGCAUGAUUGGGAGUCUGAGUGGGUCUUUCAGAUACAGGAGGCUGGUAGGGACCAGGCCAGUCGGCCGUGCUCAGGGCCUGCUGCCUCACCUCAGAGGUGAGGGCGAAGUUAGUCAAAACUGUUCUUGCAGCCUGGUGGGACCGAGCUGGGCCUGUGCCCUCUCCCCAUCAUGCCCACCAGCCCCUUGUCCAAUUCGUCCCCAGUCUCCCUUCCUUCAUCGGGACUGUGUGCCCAAAGCCAGUGGCCUCAGGAGAGGUGGUUGGGGACAGUGGCUCUGUUCUGUGUGGUACCAGCCCGAGAGAGAGGGUGUGGGGCUGCAAGACUGGGGUUUCAAUGCCAUUGUCUUUGAUUUUGUGACAUUUCCGCUUGGAAGGGUUACGCCCCCUUCCUGCUCCUUAGCAUGUGUGCCAACUCCUCCACCAUGGCUGUUUCCCUCCCACACUCCAGCCCCGGAGUGUGGUUGUGUCAGUGUGAAGAGCUUCUCUGUGCGAUAGACCUAAAAAAAGUGUAGCUUGGAAAUGAUGAUCCGUGUGGUGAUUCACUUUUCUUUCUUUCUCUUCUGGAGGAGGUGAUUUAGUAGACCUUGACUGCCUAUGUAAUGUAAAUAGUGUACAUUUAAUUUAUUGCUAUGUAGCACAUUGUAUUUGUUAAUGUAUAAAACAAAUUCUAAAAGGUGGACAAAUGUAUAUUUUGUUGCUUAAAUGUGUCUUUGCAGAAAUUGACAAUAAAUAACAUAUUUUGUGUCCA